GACAUAGAUGCAUGACCCACGAGCAAGUUCAACAAAACAAACUCUUCGUUGUCAUUAGACCGAAGACGUCUACUAGCUAGUAGUUAAAUAAGACUAUUUCAAAAGGAUUCGAUUCAGACAACAAAUGCUUGAGGACGAACCCAUGAGCCGAGGCCCAGGAGUUUCCCACAGUCAAGUCUGCUCACCGCAAGUGUUAACCUCCAGUUAUUUAUUCACCUACUAGUAGCUACUCGGAGUGGCUGAACUGCACUGACAGAGUUUGCUCUUGAAGAAGCCAAUCUCUCGCAUAAAAAAGAUUCUUCUCCACUCUUUCAGAGUCAUGAUGUUUCGAACAGUUUGCCGUGGUUUGGCCAUUGUCGCGGCCGUGGGUUUCAGUUUCCAGUUGGACUCUCAAUUCUUGGUGGAUUAUCUCUCCAAUGCGGGUGCUGCUGCAGCUCCAAGCAUCAGUAGGGCCAUGUCAGGGAGUGGCAGCAAGAAUAUUUCGGUUGCGAUGCGACGACUAGUAUUGGAAGCCACAGUUCCCCAAUAUCUCAUUGACAAACUCUACAAUGAAACGGCUCAUUCUCCUCUGUCACCUCUGUCUCCCAACUUUGACGGUUUGCUGGAUCCACGACCUCACAAUCAACAGCACAACAACACAUAUGUGGGUUGCACACCCACCGGCAAGGUACAAAUAUUGCAAGUGCAGCAACACAACCAUACUACUGUUACUUGGCUGCUGCAAAGCUUGGACCAAACUGGAAUACCCAAGCCAAUGGGAGGCGAUGAAUACUACAUUACAUUCACAUAUGCCAACAGCAAUCGCACCACUCCGGACCCAAUCCAAAACAACAACAACAAAAUCACGAGACAUCCCAAUUAUGUGGCAAUUCCCACGGAUCUGGGCAAUGGCCAAUACGCGCUGGACUUUGUAGAACCACCCAUUCAAGUACCGGAAUGGAAAAACGAACAGCAGCUCAUCAAUGAUACUACUACUACUAGUGGAUUCUUGACCAUUCAUCUGACAUUUACCUGUGGCAUGGGGUUGGUCACACAAAAGUCGGAUUGGAAACACGCCUCCCGAGGCGCCUUGGAUUGGUGUCAUGUACAACACAACGUGUCCAUGGUACCUCCCUGGAGACACUUUACGCCACCGUCCAUGCCGCGCAUUGGAAACAAAACACAACGGCUUUCUCAAUACGAAUACGUGGCAUUCUUUGGAGACUCCAUUUUGGGACUCUUCACGGGACAGUACAAAAAGAACCCCAAAUUCAAUCGAUAUCCUCGUCCUCCAAACGCUACGGCACAACAAUUUCACUUUGUCGACAAUACACGCCGUGCGUAUGCGGGUCAUGUUGCCGAAUUGCAACAAUUAUUUGACGAGUGGCAUGGCGCUCGCAUUCGCAAACAGACGCAUUCGGCCAUUGUCUUGGGAAGUGGCACGUGGGAUUUGGGAACCAUUACAUGGGCGGGGGGAGAUGCCAACUUUACAUUGGCACCCACUAUUGACGCCCAUCGCAUGUUUUGGAAAUGGCUGUUGCAACAAUACCCCGGGGUUCCCGUGUAUUACAAAUCACCCUCGGCCGUCCAUCCUCAUGCCGUCGCGAACCUCCAAGAGUGCGCCGAUCGGGAGCGAGUGCAAAUGGGCACACGCUAUGUCAGUACAGCACGCAAUCAUGCCUUGGAUCAUGGGUUGCGACAAUUGCUACAAGAAGAACCGUUCCGCAGCAGAAUGGGUCUUUUGGAUGUGUACAACAGUACACAGCUGGUGGCGGAAUGGUUGUUUCCGUGUGAUACGCAUCACUUCAAUUGGGAAAUGAAUCGACACAUGCUCAUGGAGUGGUUCUACUAACUAGAAGAACUAGAAUGAAUCGAAUCGAAAGAGAGAGAGACAGAGAGAGAUUGCAAGGAAUGCUGAACUCUGCCUCCCAAGUUGCCACGCCUUGCACACAAAGGGUCAAUCUCUCUUUGGUUGCUUUCACAAGCAUGACUCUUGGCCAGUGCAGCCCGCGUUGCCACACCAUCUUGAGAGUCAAGUCGAGUCUCGCAUUUCAGCAUCGCCAAGCUUGUCAACAAUGACAGCUCAGAAUCACAGUUUUGGGAGGCAGGUCAAACAACAAUCUGUGCCAAUGCGGUGAUACGCAUAGCUUGUACCCCAAUUGCAGUGACUAACUAGCCAUGUGGUUGCCAAAAGCCAGCUAGCUAGGCUCUGAUUAGUGAUCUUUAGAGGCUUUAGAAGUUAGGGUCAACUUGGACUUUGCAAUCUCACAACAGCUACUCAUAGAUGCAGUGUUUUCUCUAUUAUGACCUUCAAAAGGAUACUCUAGCUAGAGGCCCAAGAUUCCAAGCUAGGCAGAGAAGUGAUACUUUUCAAUUUGCAGGCAGGAUUGAUGUUCACAGGGGCGGUACAGUUGAAGCAGCCAAUAUCAACUACUGCUCCAUUCAGAAGAGAGCAACAUCACAAUCACAUAACAAUGCUCCACAGCUUCUCGAAGAAAGACUCCUAUCGCAUAGCUAGAUGUCAUCAGCAGCAUCCAAGUCCGAACUGCAAAGAUCAAUGGGCGUGCUUCCAGUUUUGCCAUCCUGCAGGGUUCCCUUUUGAGCUUGGGGCAAAAGAGGUGCCUCAAUCUCUUUGUUUGCUUCCCUGGAGUCAAGCCCGUUGCUCGCUUGGUGCACCAACAAGAUGCUAUUGUCACUCGGGUCGGGAGACCCUGAAUCUCCUGUAUCUGGCAACGAAACAACCUUCUCAUGCACCGUCUCAACAACUGCAUCGAGCACUGGAUCAGAAACUGGUAUCAGCGAAGAGUCCUCUGUGGCAGGACCUGGUGGUGAUUGUUGAGUGGGCGGAGAAGGCGUAGCAGAUUGUUUCGCUUCUCGAGCACCUUGCAAAGCACGAAUAGAUUGGAACAUGAGCCCAGAGGUUUCGUUGAAGGAUGGAUUCUUGGAUAACGCAGGACCAUCAGCCAAUACGAUAGCGGCGUUUGUGGCUUUCGUUUCAUUGAUUUCAGCUGUAACAAGAGAACCAUACAUAUUGUUUGUUUAUCUUCUCGAGCAGGUUGGCUAGACUGGAGAAAACUGAUCACACUUACCCAUGACUACAUCAAUUGUUUCCCGCGCAUCAUAAUAUCGAAUAGUAACGUCCUUCUUUUGACCAAUCCGAUAAACACGAUCUUCACACUGUUCCCUGUGGGUUCAGCGUGGAAACGGAAUGGCAUGGCAUGAGGAAACACAGAACAAGUUUAAAAGAUUCUUUGUGUCUGACUUACAGCACCAUUGGGUUCCCUGCGACAAGAAAAGCAACCAGGCAAGAUGUUGAGUGUGGUUGACCUCCUUGUGCGCUUGUCAAGUUGCAGAAACUUACACCAUCGAUUGACAAACCACACAUGGUUGGCUUCUACUAGAUUGAGCCCAACACCUCCAGUCUGCACCGUCAUAAGGAGAAUCCGACAUGAUGC